UCGCUGGCAGUUAUUAAUCGUAUUAUACUAAUCGUGACCGUGUCAUUUCUCAGCAGCAUUGUUGUGAUGAGCUCGUAAAGGACUGUGUACAAUGUUCAUGUUCGUGACACUUUAUUUGGGAUUAUUUUCUUUUUCUUAAAGACUGUGGAUACUUUAUAAAGGCUUUAAAGGUCUGCAGGAUGUCCAUUGAUUUUGACAGUGCAGCUUUACAGACUCAGCAGGAGGAAGAGGAGUAUGAUCAGGAAGACUAUGCCAGAGAACAAGAGCUUCAUAAGCUCCUGACUGAUCUCCCUGAUGAUAUGCUGGAGGACAGUCGUGACUGCUCCUCUCCUGAGCUCGACCGAUCCAACUGCAGUCGUCAGGGAGAUGACAACAGGCCACAGCAUGCUUGGAAUGUGCCACAGUGGAAGCCUCCAAGAUCUUCCCAUGAGGAGCACUAUGAGGAGUAUGAUCAAGGCUCUUACCAUGAAGAGUACAGCUAUAGGAGUCACACUUCACAGACCAACAGUCACCCUCAUCACCUCCAGACCGGGACUGAACAUUUAACCACAGAGUGGGAUGAACAGAACGGCCAGAACUACCAGUACCAGAGUGGAGACUAUGGCCACUCAUCUGCAGGCAAGGAGGAGUCACAUGGCAGCAACUUCUCAGCUGAGGAAAGGAUGGAAGAGGACAGCAUCCCACAUAAUGCUCUCCAUCAUGGGGAAAUUUACCAUGGAAAAGAAGUUCAGAGCAAUGGGCAAAAUUAUGGAGAGCACGGCAACAUUCAAAACCACAUCCAGGUUUUUGAUAAUGGAGGUGCUGGGAACAAACCUGCUGACCAUUAUAAGGCCAGUUAUCACCCACAUCAGCCUUCAAACCAACCAAAGAUGUUCAAUCCACAAGCAGCCACUCAGAAUGGCCAUUUUGACCAGCUUCAGAGGGACUUCCUGGACUCAACACAGCAUACAGCAGAAAGUCAGCAGCUGGCUCAGCUUCAGAUUUUGAACAGAGCUCAGUCCAGACAAAUCGAGGAGCUGGAAAAGAAACUAGAGGACUGCAGGAGGAGGAUGAGAUAUGUAGAGCACCAGUUUGCCAUCGUCAAAGAUGAAAAAGAUGGUCUGGUGAUAUCGCUGAAGGAGUCCAGCAGUCUAGUGGAGGAGGCGAAAGAGAGCGAAUUUCAGCUGCAGGGAAAAAUCAGAUCUCUAGAGAAACAGAUUCAGACUCUUACAGAGAGAGAGCAGGAGAUUGUAAAUCAGCAGCAUGUAGCCGAGGCAGCGAUGGACAGCAUGCAGCAGCAGAUGAUGGAGAUGUGCCGCUCGAAUACGCUGACGCGAGCACGUGAGCAGCACGACAGAGACGUGGCGGCCAUCAGGGGACAGUAUGAGGACAGAUUGCUCAACCUUCAGCAGAAACUAGAUGCCCAAUCACAGAGUCUGGACGAACAGGCUCAGAUGGGCCAGCGUCUGCUGGAUCAGCUCAGACAGCUGGAGCGUCAGAGAGAGGAGGAUCAGGUGGACAGAGCCUUUGUCAUCAACACGCUCACGCAGCGCCUGGAGGAGAGCCAGCAGCAGUGUGCCAAACUGCUCCACACUGGCGCAGUACAAGAGAUGAGUCAGUUACAGAUUAAACUACAACAGGCUCAAUCUGCCCGCAGUAUCAGUGAAGACCUCAACAAAGCCCUGCAGGAGGAGCUGACUGAGCUGAAGGAGCAGAUAAAUCUCUAUGAGUCUGCUGUUAAACAUGGAGCCCUUACAUUAGAGUCGAAUGGAGACUGGGAAAACCAGCUUUCUGAGUCCUACAUGAACCUUGGAAUCAAGAAGUCCAAGCAGAGAAAUGGACGAAUACACAGCACACCUCGUAUAGCAGAAGAAGGAGACUCCGGCCUGCCAAAGGAUGAUAUUGUCAGAGAACUGAAGUGUGAGUUGCAGCGGUGCCUGAGUCACCUGAAGACCAAGAGAAUGAAGAUCUCUGAGCUGCAGGUGGAACUUCGGAGCUCCCAGUCUAUCAUAGAAAAGCUACAGAUACAGCUAGAGCAGGCCAAGAAGACUGUAAGGGACUCUAAGGUGAGGGAGAGCAGUUUGGAGAAACACAUGGAAUCAUCUCGCAUGACUGCUGCUCCUGACAAAGAGAUUCUCAGACUGCAGGAGGAACUGAAACUCAUGCAGGAGAGAGUGGAGACUCUGGAGAAGAAGAACCAGGAGCUGAAGCAGAGUGAGGAGAAGGUCAAGGCAGCUAAUUCUGACCUCUGCACCAAGAUGAGAGAGAUGAUCCAAGAGCUGGACCAAGAGAAGCAGGAAGCAGCAGAGAGGUAUGAGAGGACUCAGCAACAGUACAGAGAUGACGUGGUGAAUCGUAUGCGGGAAGAGCUCACACAAGAGCAUACGACUCACAUGGAGCAACUCGCCAGCGAGCAUCAGCAUCACAUCCAAGAGCUUGAGUCGAAACUCUCUGACCUUAGUCAGGAGAUGUUAGCUGUGCAGGAAUGCUACAUUUCUGUUUGCAAAGAGAAGGACAUGCUGGAAGAAAAUCUGCAGAACAAGUUUGAAGAAGAGAGAAGACUUCUAGAGAAAGAGCUGAAGAGCAGAGAGGAGAGUGAGCGUGCUCUGGAGAGAUUGAGUUCUGAUCUGGAGCUUCAGCAUCAGGAGGACGUGUCUCGGCUCAGUGCCAAAUGGAGGACAGAGACACAGGCUGAGAUUGAGCUGCAGGUCAGAGAUCAGCUGGAUGCUGCCAGGCAUUGCUGGCAGCAAGAGAAGGAGACGUUGGAGAAGGUCUGGGCUCAGAGGCUACAGGAAGCUGAGGAAGAUAUCAGGAAGGUUGGGCAGUCAGACACCUGUGAGGGAGUGUGUCAGACCAGCUGCCUAGAAACUGUGUCUCAGUUGAUUUCAGUGGAGGAGUUGGAGGCCAGACUCAGCGCCCAGACAGAGACCCUGCAGCAAGAGGCUGCGGCCGCCCGUGCUAAAGCCGUGGAGGAGGCUGUUAAAUGCACUCUGAGAGAUUUGCAGCAGAAACAUGCUGAUGACAUAGCACUCCAGGUUGAAGGUGCAAUAUCCCGGGCUCGCUCUCGUUGGCUCCAGGACUUGACCUCCCUGCCAGAAUACAAAAGCAACCUGCAAGCAGAGAAAAUUGAAUGGCAGAGGCUUCAACAGCAGCUUGUUCAAGAACAGGUGUCUUCAGCUGUGAAGUCCACAGAGGACAAGUGGCAGGAGAUGUUCCACACUAAAUGCAUCGAGCUAGAGGAAUGUAACAGGAGAAACCGGGAGCUCCAGGAGGAGGUGCUUUCUCUCAGCACUCGAAUGAAGAACUAUUUCCAGGAGCAGGCUGACCUAAUCAAAGAAGAGCUGGCAGCAGCCCGGGACGUCUGGAUCAGAGACAAAAAUGAGGAGAUAUCCCAGCUUAAGGCACAGUUCCAGAGUGAGCACAAACUACAGGCUGUGCUGGAGCAGAACCUGCAGCAAACCCACAAACAGAGACACACAGAGCUGCAGGACAUCCUCAGGGAGAAGGAACAGGAGUGGAGUCGUCAGCAAGAGAUCAGACUGCAGGAGGAAAGGCAGCGGAGACAGGAGGAGGUACUCGCUGAUCUAAAAGAGGUGCUGCAGGAGGUGCUAGAGGAAGUGGAGAGGAGAGGGAGUCAAGAGCUACAGAAGCCCAGGAAUGUGUCUGGAACCCUUAGAUCCAAACUCUGGGAGAUCUGCAGAGAAUCAGUCAUUCAAACAGUCAACCAAGCCAAGCACGAGUGGAAGAAGAUCAGCGAAGACAAGCUGAGAUGUGUGCUAAAGGAAACCCAGGAACGGCAUGAGGCAGAGAUCACAGGUUUAAUGUCUCAGAGGAAGCAGGGUGAAUGCAGCAGUGCUGGAUGUGCCGAAUCUCUGGCGAAGCUGCAGAAAAAGACUCAAGAGCUCCAGAGGCAUCUAGAAAAGGCCUGCCGUCAGCUCCAGAGAACCGUACGAGAACACAAAAGCAACCUGCAGAAGAUUAAAGAUGACUAUGAGGCAGCUUUGCAGAAAGAGCGGGAGAGUCAUCUCAGAGGCCUUGAGGAACUCAAACAAACUUCAGACACAGAAGCACUUUCAAGUGGCACAGUCAAUCAGCAGAAUCUUCAAGCAGCUCUUGAGGAAAUGAAAGAGCAAUACAUGAAAGCAGUGGAGAAAAUCAAAGGUGAUAUGCUGCGGUACCUGCAAGAGAGUAAAGAACGAGCAGCCAAGUUGAUCAGGGCAGAGGUCCUGAGGGAAAGACAGGACACAGCCAGACAGAUGCGCAGGUACUACCUCACCUGCCUACAGGAGCUGCUAGAAGAUGGAGGCCAAACCAUGGGCGCUGAAAAGAAAAUAAUUAAUGCUGCCAGUAAACUGGCCGCCAUGGCCAAAGUCCUAGAGACACCAGUGUCGAAACGUGGAUCAGCAAAAUCAGACCUGGAAACCAACGAUUCUCCUGCUAAACUUCGGGGUGCUGCCUCACAUGAAGCCAACAAGAAUGGAAAGGACAAAAACAUCCGUCAGAUCUACAGUGUAACUGAGACCAACUACCCAACCAUGACUGCUAAACAGAAAGGUAUCAUACCAACAUCUAAAGGCUUUAGUUCUGAAUUCCUCAAGUCUGGGAUGCCAUAUGGUCCUAAAGACAAUGAGAUGGUUUGUAAGGUACAGCACAAUUCACAAAAACACACACAGGAUGGUUUUGCCACCUGUUCCAAAGUUAUUGAUGAUGACAUUUUCAACAGUGAUGUUAAGACCCCUAAUGUCACUUUGAGAAAGCAGAGCAGGGAGGGGUUUGAGUAUGGAAGAACAAAUCAGUCCCUCAAGCCCUUCCUGAUAGAAGAAGAUCCCGUUCGGGACGAUGGGCAGAGUGACUGGAGUUUAACCAGUAACAGCUCAAACUUCAUUAACAACAUUCACCUGACAUCCUCCUAUCCAGAGCCUGGAAACUUGUUCUCAAUGAAUGGGCCUUCGUUGGGUGGUUUGGACUUUGGAAGCAGUAUCGGUGAUAAUUCUGAUGUAACGAUUUACACGGAGAUUGUUAAACCAUUGUCUAAACCUAACGUCUGUGCAGACAUCAGAACAAGUAAAAACAGAGGACCAAUCCCUGGAUCUGAAGGAGAUUGUGUCCGUAAAAUGUGUCCAAAGAGCUUAUUUUCAGAAUUAAAAGUCUGUCAACAGGACAGUGGGUUUGACAGCCCAUUGGGGCUGCUUAAAAAAUGAAAUGGAGAGACUCGUUUGUGUCUAUGUGUGCAAUUUGUUGCCCUCACUAACCCUGAACUGUUUUUUAUUUCUAUUUGUUUGAGCCAAAAGUGUCUUGUACUUGUUCGUUUUUACCAGUUGCACUGUCAAUGCAUGAAUUGUUUAUAAUUUAAUAAAAAAAUCA